CCUUCGUUCCAUCGGAGUUGAGUCGAAAGGCGGCGUUUGUUCGUUCCUUCCUUCCUUUCUUUCUCCGCCAUGGACCUCAAAACCCAGGUGAAUGAAGAAUAGGAUUAGUUUCAAGGUUGAACUAGAUCUGCAGUUGAACAUCAGUGCGGUAAGAUGUCCGGAACAACUAUUUCGUCGACAGCAUCAGGUAGCGGCCAAAAAGUUCCUAAGUUUGCUGCAAAGGCGGGAUUUGUCAUACCAAAAAACAAGUUGUCUGGUUCAUUGGUGCCCAUAUUCCGAGGAGGGAAAAAGCUCGGAGCCAAUGGUAUGCUUGAUGAUGAAAGUACCAAACAGGAUCCAAGGAAAACAAAAUGGGGCCCUGAUCUGACACAGGAUGCUGCUGUUAAGAGAGGAAGAGCCUUAGCUUAUCAGACUCGUGUGGAUCAAAUUACACAACAACUCAAAUCUGGAAUAUCAAUGAUUGAGGAUGGUGGUGAUCUAGCACUAGGUUCUGAAAGUCCAGAUCGUGAAUCACCCGGAUGUCAAAUUGAUAGUGAGAAGGCAGAAGAAUUGGAACUCGAAAAGCGAGAAGUGAUUGGUGAAAUACUGAAACUCAAUCCAAGUUACGACGUCCCUUCUGAUUAUAAACCGUUGCUGAAAGAGGCCAAAGUCUCCAUACCUGUCAAACAGUAUCCUGGAUAUAAUUUUGUUGGACUAGUUUUUGGACCUGGAGGUGAUAAUCAAAAGCGACUAGAAAAGGAAACUGGAGCUAAGAUUCAAGUCUAUGGAAUGAAAGUAGAGGGUGGACAGAAGGUUGAAAUAAAACCAUCUGAUGGGAAUCAAAUCCACAGUCCUUAUGAAGACUUAUAUGUCCAUAUAUCAGCCGACAUAUUUGAGAAAGUAGAUGCAGCGGUGUCUGUCAUUGAGCUGUUAAUCACCUCAGUAUCAGGAAAUCUUGCUCCCGCUUCCACAUCCUCCAAUUCAGCUUCUGAGGAUGAUGUAAACGUUCAGUUGGGCCAGGAUGUUGCCACUAAUGACUUGGGUCAUAGCUAUGCGAUACAACCAGUGCACGGACCUAGACUUGUUCUUCCACAAGGACAGUUUCAGUCUCCUGGUCAAUGGCUUCCAUCGGGCCCCCUGAACACCGCAUUGCAUCCACCUUCCAGCUUUAUUCCUUCGCCAAAUUCUUCUGCAACACCUGUCAACAAUCCUGCCCAUAUGUCAACUCCAACUUUUAGACCUUCAAACAUGUAUUCUCUGUUUGGCCCUCCGCCACUUCCUACUGGGUGCAACUCACUUCCCCAAAACCAAUCUCUUGUAUCCCCUAGACUGCAGCCACCUGGACAAUAUCCGCAGCAUCCGUACAUGGCUCAGACAACUCGAAAUCCUUCUCCAAUAGCUCCCCAGCUUCCCCCAGUUCAAGCUCAUAAUAUUUCAGCUCCACUUCCAUCUACUGGAAGUCAACUACCACCUAUGGGAAUCACCGGGCCGUCGAUGACUUCACUACCUCAACCUGUUUCUAGUCUUCCACCAGGGUCACUACCUGUGAAUACUCCACUUUCUGCAGGCUUUAUUAACAUGACACAGAUGACUCCGAGAAUGGUUCCUACCAAUGGGAUUUAUCCUGCAGUUCCACCUUUAAAUAUAUCAACAGCCAUUUCAGUUUCACCUCUGAAUCCCCCUCCUACAUACCCAGGUUUUCCGUCUGUUCUUCAACCUCAAAUGGGGCCUACUCCUUCGUUGUCAGCUUCUAUAAGCUCGACACCAGUACCUGUGCCUGUAUUAGGUUCUGCACUGAAUCCUUCACCAGGAAUUUCUUCUGUUUCCGGAAGUGUGCGGAAUUUCGCUCCUGUUAUUACACCACCUUUGCCAACAGCUCCGGGUCCCGGCAACUUUACUUUUCAAGCUGGCCGACCUCAAAAUGCAGCCUUUCAGGCAGUUCCCUGGACGGGCAAUCAAUUUGGGACUCAGAGCGCUCCACAUUCAAUUUUGCAGCCUCCACCAUCACAGCAGCCAUUAUCUGUGUUUCGAAGGCCACAAGUUGGCAACAACAUGGGUCAACCUCAACCUCAGCCUCAUAUGUACAGAAAUCAGACAGGGAUUCUAGGUCCUGGUCUUCCAACAUUUCCGGAUGCAAGUGGCGUAGCACUGAGGAAUCAGAUCCUGCAAGUGGGGCCAAGGAACUUCAGCCCAACUACCCAAAUGCCUGGUUAUCCAGGUGCUCUGCCCUCUAGGCCAGGAAGUCUUGUUCCGCUUCAGAACUAUCCUGUUCCGCUUCAGAACUAUCCUGUUCAGAGGAUGCGGUCAGAAACUCCACUUGCUCAAAAUCGUCAGCUCAACCACAAUCUCUCCUUUACUUCUGGCAGGUCAGCUUCUACUCCUGGAGAGCAGCAACUUUAUGAUCCGUUCUCGCCCACUUCCAUUUCUAUUGCAUCCCAGCAGCUGCAGGGAGGGAUUCCGAGAAGGUGAAGAAACACAGAAAACAAUCUGUAGUACUGGAUUCAGGGCCUUGUUGAAGGGAAAAUCAGGUCUUGCUUGAGACUUGUUAUAUUACCUAUGAAAUCGGAUUCUUAUCAUGUCACUUCAGUAAAUUUUUAUAUUUGGAAGUAACUACUGAUAGAAAUGUAAGCAUUGAAAAUUCAUCUAUAUAUAUAUAUAUAUAUUUGCUUC